UAAUGUGAAGCUGACUGAUACAUAGGAUGGCUCCUCCAUUUGUUAGAAUGUUGCCAUCACAAAAACUCCACUUGGAAUUCUCUUCAAACCGGAUCACGUGUGAUUUUUGUUGUCUCAUUUGGAUCCUAUUUACUGCAAAGAUCCACAACUACUCUGCCACAUUUGCUUAACCUGUAAGCUAGGAGUGGAUGAGAAGUUGCAGAGCGAAGUCUGGCAUAUUUCCUGUUCAAUUCCCUCCUCAUUUUGCUCCUCUUCCAGAAUAUGAAGACAAUGGUCAGGAAAGCUCACGGCGCAGACCUGGUGAAGCCGCCUGUUUGGUAAGCCGGCUACCCAGCAGCGGAGAAACUCACCCGCGUCUCCAUGGCGACGCGUCACAGAGAGGCCGCCCGCCGGGCAAUCUAGGGCAGGAACCUUAGCGCUCGACUGCCUCUUCCAGGCAGGAUGGCUGCCGAGCCUGGGCCCAAGGCUCCGGGCCUACCUCAGUGCGACGGCAAGCUCCAGCCAAGUAAUACCAACUGGGAUUCAUAUGCUACAACAAUGAAGACGGCAUUCACAUAUAAAACAGGAGAAGUGCCAGCUCUAAUUCGUCAAAAAAGUAUCAAAAGAUUAGGAUAUACAUACUCACUUAGUGAUCCAAUUCUGAAUCAGACCCAAUACAAUGAUGAAUAUGUUUGGAAAUCAUAUGUUAAAGAAAAUCUGAUAAAAAAUGAGACUUCAAGACGAGUCAAGAGCUACAAAUUGCACCCCACUCAGGGAUUUCAGUGGACACUACCCAAAGGGCAUUCAAAGAUGACACCAAGAAGCUGCCUCCCUUGGAAAAUCCCUGCCUCCAUGGAAGAAAUUCAGAAGACACUCUCAGACCAGUUUAUUUCCUGUACUAUGAGAGACUUUGUGGACCCAGCCGCAGCUCAAAAGGUUAAGAAAGGUUCUCAGGUGUCCCUGGAAUGGAAAAAGUUCCUUCCCAGACCUCUAGACACUGAAUUUCGACGGAAUUACCAAAUUCCAGCUAAAAUUCCUGAGUUACAAGAUUUUAGUUUCAGAUAUGGAUGCUACUCAAGCCUGCCAAUUGCUUCUCGGGGCCUAGUUCCUUCUGUGCUGCACAGCUACAUGAGGAAUCAAGAACGCACGAAGCAACAGACCAUAUACCAAAGUGACUAUGGGAAAGCCUACCUGGACUUCUUAACCAUCCUGAACUCAUUUACUCCCUCUCAAGUCAAUGAGUACCUUCAGAGUGUUUCCUACAAAGACAGACAAAUACUUGACCACUUUAUCCGUUCUCACUGUGACAUUGACAAAGAGAAGAAAUGAAAAUAGAUUGGAUGAAGAAAACCUGAAGAUUUUUGGAAACACAAGGGCCUAUCUGUUCAUUUUGUCAACAAUCAAGUAAAAAUAAGAUGCAAAUUGCUUCAAAUGUGUUGUGAUAGUUGUGAGUUUAUAGGUUUCACUUUGUUUUAUUUUUAAACAAUAAAAUAUUUAAGACUGUGAAUAUCCCCCUGAAUGUUGCAUUAAUUGUUUCUGAUACAGCUGAUAUAAUAUUUUUCCUUUUCUCUUUUGGGUACUUGUGGUUUCUAUUUUGAUUUGUGUUUUGAACCAGGAGUUAUAUAGAAGAGAUUUCUUAAUUUGUCAAUAAUUAGAAGGUUUAAAAUAUCUUUUUAUUGUUGAUUUAUUUUUGAACAAAGUAAAGUAAAAUAAAAUCCAGUUUGAGAAGCUUAUCAGUAUUCUCCAAUGCUGUUAAUAAAAUAUAUGACUUAUUUGUGUGUCACAUGAAUAUAGGAGAAAAAAUUUAAUUUAUUUCAGAUCUUUAAUAUCUUUGCCCUAAUCAUACACUUGAACUGUCAUAUUUUGAAAUACUAUUAAGACUACCUUACCAUCAAUGUUUUUGUUAGUUUCUCCUUGAAUUUCUUGGAUAUUGGCUGCUAUAUUAUUUAUUCUAUUAAGAUUUACUUAUGUCCUCUACAGAGCUUCUUCACUGAUAAACUUUUUCCUUAUUCCAUGUUUAUGUGUGUGGUGGUUAAGCUUAAUUGUGUCAAAUCAGUUGGCUUGGGAGCCACUGAGAUUAAUAAAAGACACUUACAAGUUAUAUCUGGUUGGGUCAUGGAGGUACGACAUUGUGUACCAUAUCUGGUCCUUUGCCUCUUUUUCUCUGGCACUGUUUGCUUGCCUUGCUUCCCCACCACCGUGAAUUAAGCAUCUCUACCCUACCAUGCCUUGGAGCCAGCUGACCGUAGACUAAAUCCAGGGGAACUGUGAGCCAAAUGAAACAUCUCCUCCUUUAAGAUGUGAGUGUUGGAUAACAUGUCCCAGAUAUUGAAAGCUGACUCACACCUAUUUCUUCUUUGAUGUAGUUAAUGCUUUUGGCUUUGAAUUGCCUUUUUUGUCUUUGAAUACUGUAGCUUGAACCCAUGGCCUCAUGCACGCUAGGCAACCUCUCUAACACCAAGAUACAUUCUCAGCCCUUGAAUUUUAUUUUAAUUGAUAUUAUGGUUGCUGUUCAAGCCAGGUUUUUCCCCCCUUUGAAUUUGUUUGGUAUAAUGUUAUACCCCCUAACUUCUAGCCUUUUUUUUUUAUAACUUUGUUUCAGUGUAUUUCUAAAUAUUGUGACUGGGCUUUAUGUUAUACUUAUUAUGGUGAUCUGUCUGUUAGUAAAAUAAUUUAUUCUGCA